AAGGUCAACAUUCCCCCAAAGAAGUGAGGAAGGAAGAUUUUUUGGAUAAGAAGUGAGGAAGGAAGAUGAGAGCGCGGACUGUACCUACCAUUUUCAGUGCUCUCUUCUUCUUCUUCUUCUUCAGCCAAUUCUCAACUGCUCUCUCCUUCACUCCACCGCAAUGCAAGGCAUGGCUUGUACAAUCAAUUCCCACCGAUAUGCCGCAGCUUCAGCGGGUUCCGGGCGUCCUCUCUACUGGGGAUGUAUUUGUUUGGUUAGCUGGGAACUCGACGCAGCGUUUGGAUAUCAUUGCUCAGUACUGGGAAUUAUUAGCCAGUCCCGAUGAUUCUCGCUCGGGAGACUAUGGAUAUUCUAAUGAGGAUUUGAAGAAGUUUGGUGCCUAUCAAGGUUAUGAUGUUUAUACAGCCAUUGAGAAAGCUGCUGAUCGCAAUGUCACUGUCAGGCUCGUAUCUCACUCGGGAGUAUCUCCUCACUAUGGAAAAGAACCAGCUGACUUAGCUUCUGGCAGGCCAAAUGUCCAGAAUGUAACUUUAUUACUCGGUCAUUGGUACGGAUCAGGCAUAGUCCAUUCCAAAGUUUGGAUAUCUGAUGAUAGAGAUGUGUAUAUAGGAUCUGCAAACCAGGAUUGGAAAUCUCUCUCACAGGUGAAGGAACUCGGAAUAUAUCUUACUGGCUGCCCAACAAUAGCAGCUGAUGUCAAGGCCUAUUUUGACAACCUAUUGAAACUCGCGUUUCUUAAUGACACAGAUUACACAAGAACAAUAUUCGACCAGCAGUGGCAGAUACAUAGAAAAGUUCCUUGCUGGUCAUAUUUUGUUGAUCCUGAGUCCAGAUGCAGGUCACCGCUUCCUCCAUAUGUGAACUUUCCCCAUAUAUUAGGAUAUCCGUCCAUAUCAGAUCCUUACACAAUCAAAUUAUCUAUCCAGACUCCUGGGAGCAGCGUUUCAACCUUGCAGCCUCACUCUUGCUAUCUCUCUUUCGCUCCUCCAGAGCUAUUAUUUGGCAGGUACCAAUCUGAUGAACAGGCUUGGUCAGACACAAUUAAAUCUGUAGGCAAUGGAGCAACUGUUAGGAUUAGUACCAUGGACUGGCUUGGUCAGUCUCAAUUUACCACACCAGCAGUUUACUGGUCUUCCUUGUCUUCUGCAAUAUCAGAGGUCAUCUUCUCUAAAAAUGCUACAGUCAAGUUACUGGUAUCGUACUGGACGCAUUCUGUCGAGAGCACGGAUCCAUACCUCAAGUCUCUCCUCUACUCGAACAUCCUCUGCAACUCCUCAAAAUUCAAUGAUUGUUUUGGCAAAGUUGAGAUCAAGUACUAUGUGGUUCCCGGUUACAACGAGACUGGACCAGCACUUUUCCCCAACGGAACGAGAACGAAAAAUACAUAUCCGGGUUUUGGCAGAGUUCAGCAUGGAAAGUUUGCUGUUAGUGAUGUUAGAGCACACAUAGGAACAAGCAAUCUUGAAUGGGAUUACUUUUAUGCAACCUCUGGAAUCAGCUUUGGAACAUAUAAUCUAGCCAUUGUUAAGCAACUUCAAGAAGUAUUUGAAGCUGACUGGAAUUCUCCUUAUACUGUUCCUGUUAAGGCCAUACAGAAUGGCCUUACUUUUUCCAGCUGAGUUGCUCUUGAAUGAUGGUCUGAUGAAGCUGCAAGAAAAUCAAGCUACACUACAACUCAUGUGGCUAAUUAAAUUUACUCUAACUCAAGUCAAGUCGAUAGGUCUGCUUGGUAUGUAAUCCGAAUUCCAUUUAUUAUUUUCAGAUAGAUUCGGAAAAUAUUUCUUUUUUUAA